UUUCGAGUUUGACCACGCCCACCUUUUUGUCUAAGGACUUUUUCACUGUGCCAUCCGCAAAUUGCCUACGUCACUUCCCGUCUUCCUGUGCGCCAUGUUUUCCAGAAAGAGCGGACUAGUGUUGCACUGAGGUGGAAACAAAAGCGUAAAAAGCUAGGCCUGAUGUUCUUACACAGUCCACAACAAAACAGGGCGAGCAGAAACGUGGAUCUGUGGACGGCGUAGUUUCAUAAACAUCAUACUGCGCGCCUCUCGGUGACGCCGGAAGACAACACACGCAGCCGAAAAGCAUCAAACUCGACCGCCUUCCUCCUGAGCGGACACUGAAGGGUCAACAACAAAAUGUAUCAAGUACCAGUGAAUGAUUUGGCAAAACUCAGAAGAUCACGAAAAAGAGUGAAGAGUAUUCUGUGCGACAUUGCGUUGCAGAAUUGUCAGGACUUGAUAGAGGAAUACAGACCUUUUGAUGCCGGUGAGGCAAGUUUCAACAACACAGAAUGGAGUGAUUUCACUGAUGGUCAUGUUGGCAAGAGGAGAAAAAAGUGGAAAUAUCGGACGGAAGCACUGUGCUGCAGCCUGUGUUGGUUUUCCACGCGGUCCUUUUACACCUUCAGAAGUCACGUACUGCGGUGUCAUAGGGAGGAACUAGACCUCGCAUCACUUUUAGCCUGCCCCAGCUGCCCCUUUGUCAGCCGCCCAGAAACCAUAAAUCAGCACCUCAAGUAUUUUCACCCCAUGCCUCCAAAAGCAACAUCGACACCCACCCUGUCAGUUAUUCAGCCACCUAAGACUUUAACCCUCACAACCUCUUCUGACCUGGCUGAUGAUAGGUACAUGUGUGUGAACUGUGGCUACAGUGACUCUUUACUUUAUGUGAUGAAGAAACAUGUUUUGGUGAACCACUAUGCUACAUUGUUGAACCGUUACUUUGGGCACAGGCUGGAAAGUGUCCAAAACUCAGAUGGUCAAAACAAAAGUGCCAGAGUUCUGAAUUCUAAGUAUUACUGCAAGGAGUGUAAAUUGCCAGCAGAGACCAUAGAACAUCUCCUCUAUCACAUUUUGAGUUCUGACAAGCAUAAGGAUCUCCACUGGCAUAUUAUGCCAUUUAUCAGUGAAAAGACAGUCUCUGCUCAAAAUGCUGGGCAGGCGAACUUGCUAAAUCUUGCACCAAAUUUGAAUCAGGUUAAAAAUUUAAGCAUGGUCCCAGGAUCCAACUUUGAGCAACAAGGCAAGCAAAUGAAAGGACAUUCAGUAACUAAAUCUAAUGGCACGAUGCUCAUGGCAGGGCCAACCAACACAACAGGUCUUCUGUGCUCUGCUGGAGGGAGGCAGGUCUUCCUCUCCUCCCAGACUCCAGCUUUACUACAACAGGCAUCUAGUGGGAUCCAUCAAGGUUUGACUGCCUUGUCUUCCUCAUCGCUUGUUAAAUCUAUAAAUAUGGUGAUGCCAAAUAUGCAAAAUGCUUCUAAACAGGUACCCAUGGCCAUGGCGGUGCCUAGGCUUUCACAACCUCAAUCAGCCCAGCAGGUGCUUCUGCCACCAGCAGUUCAGGUCAACCUCCCAGGCAAAACUGGUGUACGUCCACCUGUGCUUUUUACUCACAGGUUACAGCUAAACCAAUCAGCUCCCAGGCAGCCCAUCAUAGCCUCUCAGUCCGUCCGACUCAUUCCUACAGGCAACAAAGUGAAUGGCGUCCCAACGUACACUUUGGCUCCUGUUCAAGUUAACACGAUACCUGGCCAGUCAAGCGCUAGUCAAGUAGUCAGUCGUACACCAAUAGUUGUGACACAGAACGGGCCUCAGACCUCAGUAAUCACGCCGUCAAAGGCUGCAGUACUGCCUGCCAAGCCAGCACCUUCAGGCCUGAAAGAGGUGCCACGUAAAAAAAAUCGACCGAACAAAUUGGCUGUUUUUGCGCCAUUCCUGAAGAAACAGAACGACGAUACUGUAAAAUGCCUACGGUGCAAGGUUUUGUUGACCGAGCAGUGGAUCUUUCAGCAUUUGUUGCAUGGUUUGAGGUGCCUGUUUUGCCCUCUAAUGUUCUACUCCUUCAAGCAGAUCAUGGAGCACUCAAACAAAGAACAUAACUUGAAAAUAAAGAAAAACCGAGACUUCAUCAAAGGAGAAUACAAACUUGACUGCGAUGAUGAAGGCAAUAUUGAAUUUUCCACCUUCAGUUUGAAUACAGAUGUGCCCAAAGACUUGCUGGAUAACCGAGAGCUCAACCUUGUGCUGGUCACUAGUGCUCAAGAGAAAAUCUACAUAAAGAUGUACCCAGACUCUGCGAAAGCUGUAUACCCACCCACACUGAAAACCAUACCUACAGUAUGUCCCUUCUGCCAGAUGAAGCUGCAGACUUUGGAGGACUAUGAGCACCAUUUAAAAACAGUACACCACAUUGUACCCACCAUCCACGCCAUAUUGAAAUCUCCUGCCUUCAAGUGUAUCUACUGCUUUGGGGUGUAUUCUGAAAAGUCGACCCCCAAAACCAUUUCUAUUCAUGUACAGCGCUGUCGGUGUGCUCCCAAGAGUGUCAAGGAAGCAGAGAAGCGGCUGAAUCCGGACACUGUACACGUCAAUGGUGAUAUGGUAAACUCCAUCCAGCAGAGUUUCCAGCCACACAUCAUAUUGAAUUCAGAAGCGAAACAAACUGCCAAAGAAAAGCCCAAGAGGGAGUCCACUGCUGAGAAAAACAUCAACAGAAGCAUCAGGGCCUGCAAGAAUGAUGCACGUGCCCCAGUCGAGCUUGUCCUGGACCCAUCAGGAAUGGAGAUGCAAUCUUUUGAGGACAGGAAAGAGUUCCUCACAAAGUACUUUCACAGUAAGCCCUACCCAUCAAAAAUGGAGAUGCUAACUCUUGCUGCCCGUCUGUGGUUGAACAAGACGGAUGUGCUUCAUCACUUCGGUAUAAAACGGAGCAGAUGCAUGAAAACAAUCCAGAGGAGGAGAACUGUAGUACUACUGGGCUUCAACAUGAGUGAGGUGAAUAAAGUGAAACAUAACCUUCUUAUUCCAGAGGUGGAGCCUACUGUCUGAAGAAACCGAAGAGAUACUGUAUUUAUAUUAGCAUGCUUAAGUUAGAAUUCGUGUUCAUUUAAAGUUCACUGAUUUCUAUCAGAGGUGUCAAACUUUUCUGGAGGGCCAUAUUAUAUAGUUUGCCCUUCUCCAGCACACUAUGUUUAGUUCAUAAACAGCUUGAUUAUUAGCUGAUGAUUGUAACUGCAUAUAUUAAAGUUAGGGCAGCACUAAACUGCAAUGAUUUGGCCCCCUAGAGUUGGAAUUACAUCCUUAAGUUACAUGUUGAAGAUGAUAUUCUUGGGUUUGUGAAAGGAGUGUGUGUAAAUAAUUACAGAUAUAUUAAUGUUUGGGUACCAUUUAUGAUAUUCCUUAAGCCAGUUUGUAAGUUGGCAACUCUAAUGUUAGAAUUAUUUUUUACACAGCUAUUCUGUAAAAGCUUCUGUAAAAGCCCCUGUACAUUCUUAUGUAAAAGUGCUUUCUGAUACCUGUAGUAUGCAUUUUGUUCAGUUGCAAUGCAUUACUUCUAUAUGAAAUUAAAUACACUCACCAUCCACUUUAAUAGGAACACCUAUACACCUGCUUAUUUAUGUAGUUAUCCAAUCAGCCCUCAUGUGGCAGCAGCAUGAUGCAUAAAAUCAUGCAGAUACAGGUCAGGAGUUUAACUUAAUGUUCACAUCAAACAACAGAAUGAAGAAAAAAUGUGAUCUCUGUGACUUUAACCAUGGCAUGGUUGUUAGUGCCAGAUGGGCUGGUUUGAGUAUUUCAGAAACUUCUGAUCUCCUGGGAAUUUCACACACAGCAGUCUCUGGAGUUUACACAGAACGGUGUGAAAAACUGAAGCACCUUGUUGAUGAGAGAGAUUGGAGGAGAAUUACCAGACUGGUCUGAGCUGCCAGGAAGUCUAUAGUAACACAAAUAAGCACUCUUUACAAUCAUGGUGAGCAGAAAAGCAUCUCACAACACAUCAAACCUUGCAGUGGAGGGGUACAACACCAGAAGACCACAUCAGGUUCCACUCCUGUCAGCCAAGAACAAGAAUCUGAGGCUAUCAUGGGCACAGGCUCACCGAAACUGGACAGUUGAAGACUGGAAAAAGACCAGAUCUUUUUUUUCCCCUAAUCUUCAGCUUAUGUUGUUAUAGCCCACUCACCUCAAGUUUGAUGUGUUGUGCAUUCUGAGAUGCUUUUCUGCCCACCAAGAAGAGUGAUUUUUGAGUGAUAUGGGAGUUACUGUAUCUUUCCUGGCAGCUUCAACCAAUUUGGCUAUUUUCCUCUGACCCUUCUUAUCAACAAGGUGUUUCCACCUACAGAACUGUCGCUCACCAAGUUUUUUUUUUUUUUUUCUUUUUCCUUUUCUUGUUUUUCACACCAUUCUGUGUAAACUCUUGAGACUGUUGUGUGUGAAAAUCCCAGGGGAUCAGCAGUUUCUGAAAUACUCAAACCAGCCCAUCUGGCACCAACAACCAUGCCACGGUUAAAGUCACAGAGAUCCCAUUUUUUUUCCUUAUUCUAAUGUUUGAUGUGAAAAUUAAUUGAAGCUCUUGACCUGUAUCAGCAGGAUUUUUUUGCAUUAUGCUGCUGCCAAAUGAUUGACUGAUUAGAUAACUGCAUAAAUGAGCAGGUGUUCCUAUAAAGUGGACAGUGAGUAUAGGUUUGCCACUAGUACCUUUGAGAAGUCCAGUGUACUGAUUGACAAAAUUGCUUUUUUUCCCCUGCUGAGUGUACUAUAGAAAAAAUGUUUGCCUUUUAAAACCAUUAAUAUUCUAUUAAAAAGACUAUUUGGGAUGGGUUGUGUUCUAUUUUGAAUCCAUAAUCCAAUGUGAGAAACAGCGGGUAGAACGUGAUGAUUAGUGCUGUUGAAGAGUAUAUUCUUAAUAUUACAUAAUAUAUUUUUAUUUUAUAUGAAACCCUAAAAUUUCUCUAGCAAAGUGGAUUGUAUUGGUACAAGUGUAAUAAGUCAUGACAUGGUCAGUCUGCUUAUUCUAUGACAGUUAAAGUUUAUGUACAUUCAUUUUGCCAAACAAACUUUAUAAAUGAAUAUAUUUAGGUAGGUGCAAGGUGCAGUAAAUUGUAAAUGGUAAGUUAGCUUAAAUCUUUAUGAACACAGAAAGGGCAGUCUAAAGCUGCUUGGUGGCCAAGCAUCUGAAAGACUCCAUAUGAGAUAUACUGGCAUGUGUUAGGGCUUAAAUAAAUGAUUAGAGUGUUGGAGCACUAUAGGUUCAACUUUUAUGACUGCAGCUUUUGAUUGGGGCUUAUGAGGAAGAACUGCUGAGAUGUGUUACAAUACAAAUACUUUAGACUUACUGAGCCUAUCAUGAACCAGUGACUUAAAUACAAAUGAAUAUAUACAUGUGAUUACUUGUGAGUAUUGACGAGCAAAACCUGAGCUUGUUUAGCACACUCACAGAACACUUAUUUACCUGUUUAUGUCCCACCUUAGUGUUUGGUUUAGCUAUAAGCCAUACAGAAAGCUUGCCAAAAAUGUUAUUUAUAUGUCAUUUGUGUUCUGUUGAAAUGACGAUUUGCUGAACGUUGUUCAUUACAGCUGAAUUUCAAAAAACUGAUAAAGAUACAAAGCUAUACAUGUUGAUGCAUGUUGAAUAAAUGCUGUCCUUCCCUGUUGAUGUAAAAUGUUAGUGUGCAAUGUUGUUCAUUAGGAGAACCAAAUAAGUCAUGUGUGGUUGCCAAGUGCCCUGUCAAGCAAAACUGUGACAGUUAUCACAAAGUAAACUUCAUUACUCACAGCAUGGAUAGACAAAUACACAAUCUUCUAAAAGUGGUAGUAAUGUGGGCCUUGUUUAAUGAUGCAUUUUGGCAGAUAACAGGAGAAACAUGCUUUUUUCUCUUUGUUUUAUUGCUUUACUAUAUCCUAACUAUAGGAAUUUGUAGUAACAUGAUGGUGAAUUCACUAAAGGCUGCCAAUGAUUUCAGAAGUGGACAGACUUUUUUUUAAUUAUUAUUAUUCACAACUUCUCCAGUCUCAGAGCUGCUGCUUGCACAAAGAAGGAUAAAAACAGCUAAGACUGCUGUGGAGUUGAUCUUGUAUCUGUGUAGUGUGCAAUGUGUAGUUCUCCACACUGUCCUGUGUUUAUCGUAACUAGUUUUGUACACUAUGUUAACAUGAUGUAGUUCUGUGUACAGAGCACUUAUUGUCUUGUAUGUUGCCCUUUGGUCAUGGAGGCUUUAUAUUUCAUCUGACAGUGCCUGUUAUAUGGUGAGGAUGACAAUAAAAAUGGACCUGAGCUUCUCAGAGAAAGCUAUAA